AUGGAUACGAACAUGGAGGACGUCGGCCGUGUCCCUGCCGAUCUGCCGUCCACCCAGAACCUGGAGCCCACCACGAUCCCUACUCUAGAUGGCUGGAUCGAGAGCCUCAUGAGCUGCAAGCAGCUCGUCGAGGCCGAUGUCCAGAGACUCUGCGAGAAGGCGCGGGAAGUCUUGCAGGACGAAUCCAACGUGCAGCCAGUCAAAUGCCCGGUGACAGUGUGCGGUGAUAUCCACGGCCAAUUUCACGAUCUCAUGGAGUUGUUCAAGAUUGGCGGCCCCAACCCCGACACCAACUACCUAUUCAUGGGUGACUACGUCGACCGUGGCUACUAUUCCGUCGAGACCGUGACUCUCCUCGUCGCCCUAAAGAUUCGAUACCCCCAGCGCAUCACCAUCCUUCGUGGCAAUCACGAGUCUCGCCAAAUCACCCAAGUGUACGGCUUCUACGACGAAUGUCUCAGAAAAUACGGCAACGCCAAUGUCUGGAAGUACUUCACCGAUCUCUUCGAUUACCUCCCCCUUACCGCCCUCAUCGACAACCAGAUCUUCUGUUUGCACGGUGGUCUGUCCCCCAGCAUCGAUACCCUGGACAAUAUUAGGGCUCUCGACAGAAUCCAGGAAGUUCCCCACGAAGGCCCGAUGUGCGACCUUCUUUGGUCCGACCCGGAUGACCGCUGCGGCUGGGGGAUAUCACCCCGUGGUGCCGGUUAUACGUUCGGUCAGGACAUCUCCGAGGCUUUCAACCAUAAUAACGGCCUGACGCUUAUUGCGCGUGCCCAUCAGCUUGUGAUGGAGGGCUACAACUGGUCUCAAGACAGGAAUGUCGUUACGAUCUUCUCUGGUGAGCUAAGCUCCUUAACGUGGUGGAGUGGGCAAUCACGGCUAACCAAGGCAGCACCCAACUAUUGUUACAGAUGCGGUAACCAAGCGGCGAUCAUGGAAAUCGACGAACAUCUCAAGUACACUUUCCUGCAAUUUGAUCCUUGCCCGAGAGCUGGCGAGCCGAUGGUCUCGAGACGCACACCCGACUACUUCCUCUGA